AUGGCGACCCCGCCGAGGGGACCUAAAAAAUCGGCAAAGAAAAAAGAUUCCUUUACCAAAACGCUCGACGGCCACGUGGAAGGGUCAAAAUUCCUGAUCAUUAAACGCGCAUCCGAAUCGUCUACUUUCGACAAUGUCAGUCCAUUCCUCAUCAAUAAAUUCAUUUUGGCCAACGUGGGAGAGGUAGAGUCCGUCAAGAAGAUCAAUGGUGGAUCUCUACUAGUCCAGGCGAAAAAUAUACGACAGGCGAAUAAGUUGCUGAAUUUGACGGUUAUGCAAGACAUGGAAAUCAUCGUUGAGGAGCAUCGCAGCUUGAAUAAAAUUAAAGGUGUUAUAACGUGCGGAGAUUUAAAAAAUGCCUCAGAAGAAGAAAUUUUGGCUGAACUUAAAUCUCAAGGUGUUUGUGAAGUGAAGAUCAUCAAGAGAAAAGUCGACGGAAAGUUAACAGAUACCAACAGUUUUAUCCUAACCUUCAAUUCAACCACGUUACCCGAAACCAUACGCGCUUCGUUUUAUCGGUUAAAUGUUCGACAAUACAUAGCCAAGCCAAUGCGUUGUACGAAGUGCCAGCUCUUCGGACAUUACAAAAAAAUUUGCAGAAAUCCGGAAGUAUGUAGCCAGUGUUGCCUUCCCGGGCACACUUCUGAUAAAUGUGAGGGACAGGUAGUUUGUAGAAAUUGUCAAUCGAACAGUCAUCCAUCAUGGUCAUCAACAUGCGACAUCUACAAACAGGAACAGGCAAUCCAGAAAAUGAUGGUAAUGAUGAAAUUAUCAUAUAGAGCAGCACGUCGUAAGUAUGCAGAAGAACACCCAUCGUCUAUAACUUAUCGAGAUGUUGUAGCACAAGGUCAAAUGAAAGCUCUCUCCCGGCCACCAACUACUGAACGUCCAAUGAUAAUAGACUCUACCCCAGACCCUAACUCUCCCAUUAUCCCACCUCCUUUUCCCAGUCCACCCCAUUCUAAUACUCCCGAAAACUUGCAAUCAAGCUCAUCCAUAUCAUUGUUUAGUGACACUAAUACAUCACCAAUUAAGCGAGCUUUAGAAACGAAUAGUGAUAGUGAUAGCGAUAACCCGAAAAAAAUUGUAAAACCUUUAGAAAUUUCCACUACUCAUCUUUCAGACUCUCCAACAAAUCAUUAA